CCACCUGAUGGCUGGGCGGGUUCCCCUGGGCGCAGACCGGGCAGCAGUGGCAGGCGAGAUGGAAACCACCUUCAUUGAGAAUCUCAGAUACGCUGCUGACCUCCUGGCCCAGGAAGACAUGAUCGGACUGGUGGAGCCUAUUAACAGCCGCAUCACUGACCCUCGCUACUUUCUGAACACUCCGCACCAAGCUGCUGCCAUCCUGGAGAAGGUGGGACGGCCCAACCUGAAGCUGCAGCUGGACAUCUUUCACUGCCAGAUCAUGGAUGGGAAUUUGUCACGCAACCUGGAGACAUACUUCCCACUCAUCGGUCAUAUCCAGAUUGCACAGGUGCCAGGGCGGCACGAGCCCGACAGCCCUGGGGAGUUAAACUUCCCCUACAUCUUCGAGCUCCUGGAGUCCCUCGGCUACACUGGCUAUGUGGGGUGCGAGUACGCUCCGAAAGGAGACACUCUGGAAGGUCUGGGCUGGCUGCGCUCGUACUGGGAGAGCAGAGGCCUGCAGCACGGUGGGACUACCAAGGCAGCAAAGUAAAAGAAGGAAAACACUGGAAUAAAAGUCAAAGCAAUG